CUGCAGGUGAGACAAGAUGGAGUUUGGAUUCGUGAUAUUUUUGCUCAGCUCUGCUCUUUUCGGGCACAGCUCUGGAUUCACAACACCUGAUACCACACCGUACUGGGACAUAACAGCAGGUCAUUAUUCCUGCCGGUAUAACUGCGGCUACAAUUUGGGUUGGUGUUCCUGCUCCAGCUCCUGUCAGUACUACGGAAACUGCUGUCACGAUUAUUACAAUUAUUGUUUCACCCCCACAACAACACCAACAACAACACCAGAACCCACGACGACCGAAAGCUUUCUGACAGAAGAUUAUAUUAGCUGCAGGGAUCGUUGUGGUUUUAAUGGUGCGCUCUGUUCCUGCACCAGCUCCUGUCGUUACUAUGGAAACUGCUGCAAUGAUUAUUACGGUGGAGCUCCAUGUGGUGGAACUCUGACUCAGUCACGAGGGGAAUUUUUCAGCCCCAAUUAUCCCAAUAAUUAUCCCAAUAAUGCACACUGCACAUGGAGCCUGCUGGCUGGAGAACUGCAGGUGGUUUCGUUAAACUUCCCGUUCGUCGAUUUGGAGUCAGGCUGUGACUUUAUCCGGGUGUACGACGGUCCGACUGCUCAGCAUUCACUUUUGGGUUCUGUGACUGGAAAUCAGAGAGCUACCUUCAACUCCAGCAGCAGAUACAUGACCGUCGUUUUCUCCACUGACGGCAGCGUGACUCGACAAGGUUUUCGGGCUGAAUGGGCUUUCAAAUCUGCUCCAAUGUGUAAGGACCGAUGUGGCAGCAGCUACAGCAGUUGCUCCUGUGAGAGUUCAUGUGAACGAUAUGGAAGAUGCUGUCACGAUUAUUAUGAUUAUUGUUACUAUGUGACGCCAACUCCUGUACCAGCCUGUGGGGGGAGUCUUCAGGGCUCAGGCUCCAUCUCCAGCCCUUACUACCCCAGUUAUUACCAUGACAACGCGUAUUGUGUGUGGCAGCUCUCGGCUCCGGCAGGACAGACCGUCUUCCUCUCGUUCCAGGACUUAGAUCUGGACCGCUGCUGCUACUGUGAUUAUGUGAGUGUGUAUGAUGGUCCAUCCACCGCGUCCCGCUUGAUAGGAAAGCUCUGUCAGAAUAGCACAAGCCACCUGGACUUCCAGUCGUCCUCGUCCUACAUGACCGUGAUGUUCAGGAGUGACUACUCUGGGGUUGGGCGUGGCUUUAAAGCCUACUUCAGUUCCUCCCUCACCCAAAACACAGGCCGUGUGGAUUGCUCCUCUGACUCGAUGAACAUUGCCAUCCGUAAAUCCUACCUGGACUCACUGGGCUUCAGCUGGUAUGACCUUUAUCUGGAUGACCAUCGCUGCAGAGCUUCAACUGACAACUACUAUGUCACCUUCAACUUCCCUCUCCAUAGCUGCAGCACCAGGAGAAAGACCGAGAAUGGACGAAUUAGCUACACCAAUAAUGUGCGAGCAGCUCAGUCAACGUCGGGUGAGAUCACCCGACAUGAUACAGAGUUCCUGUUGGUUGUGAGAUGUGUGAUGGAGCGUGAUUCUUCAGUCGGGAUUCUUUAUGAAGCCAAAGAGAUUACAAAUGCAACUAUCAGUGGAACGGGUCGGUUCAACACCACCAUGGCCUUUUACCCAUCCAGCAACUUUUACUACCCCAUCACCGAUUCCCCGUACCGAGUGAACCUCAAUCAGCAACUGUACGUGCAGGUGCAGCUAACCCAAGCCGAACCAAGCCUCCACCUGUUCAUGGAUUCCUGUGUGGCCUCGCCAAACCACGACUACAGCAGCCGCACCUAUGACCUUAUACGCAAUGGCUGUCAGAGAGACAACACGGUAAACAUAUACAGAAAUGGAAAUCGUUACUUCGCUCAGUUCAGCUUCAGCGCAUUCAAGUUCCUGCGCACACACAACCAGGUGUUCCUCAAGUGUGAUGUCGUUAUCUGCCCUGACAACGACUACAACUCACGAUGUCGCCAAGGAUGCCGUUAUCGCAGGAAACGAAGCACUAGCUCUGAUCACCACACUGAGGUCCUCACCCUUGGGCCAAUCACACUCAAAGGUCCAGAGGAGGCUGAGGCCAAGACUGAGGAAAAGGAGUGAACUCACACUGACUGAUUAAUUAAUAACUUAAAUAUAGUUAACACUGAAUAAUAAUCUGAAUAAGCUUCCUCUAUUAAAGCAUUAUCUAAAGGCAA